AUGAUCACAGACGUGCAGCUCACCAUCUUCACCAACAUGUUGGGCGUGUUGCUUGUGGUCCUGUAUCACUAUGUGGCAAUGAACAACCUCAAGAAGCAGGAAUGA